UUGUCAACUGAAAGUCUUUUAGCUGUGCUGUUUGUUUAAAGCUGUAGGAAGUUAGAAAUGGCAUGGUAUUUAAAAUACAGAGAAAUCAAUCCUUAUUCCUAAAUCCAACUCGACCGAUGCCUUCUGACGUGAUUGGUUUGAAUAGAUUCUUUGAAAUAUACACAAGUUAGCUAAUCUCUGCCUCUAUUUUGGGCAAUGAAUGCUUUUUCUUAUGAGAUUAAAUUUUUUUUGUUGUAUUUUAAGUUGUGGAUAACAAUUGGUUUUUAUUUUUUAAGAUAACAAUUGGUUUUUGUGCUGUGGAUCAUUAGAUCUAUUUUAUUAACAUAAGGAUGUAAUAUUUACUUCUACAUUUACUAUCAUUCUAGUCAUAGAAAUUUAGUAUAGUUUAGUUACAAGUUUAAUUGUUUUGCACCUAUAAGGGCUCUAUAACCCAUGCUUGCAAACUGGAAGUGACAUCAGGGAAGUAGUGUUUGAAGUGUUUGUUGAUAAGGAAGUUUUAUACUGUAUUUCAGAUGAAUCAGAAUCUACUUUUCAUGAGGCUUUUCUUAGUCAUCUUAUGGAAACUGGUGCAAUAGAAAGUUCAUCUUUAUGUGACCUUCCUAAACAGAUGGAAGGUGAUCAACAGAGAGCCUCUGAACAGACUAAGAACAUCUUAAGUAAUUUAGUUGCUGCUGUUGACAAUUUGUGGUAUCUAAAAGAUGGAAUACAUACUGUAGUCUUGAAAAAACUUUCAGAAAAUGGAUCUUGCAGGCAAAGGACACUAAGUGAAUUAGAUAGAGAGGUUAAGAACUUGAGGGUGGCAUUUACUGACCUGUUUUUGAAGCAUAACACUUUCAAAGAAACUGCAAAGCCAUCAAGAUAUUGAUGCAAAGAAUAAAGCCGAGCUUAGAAUAUUAAGAGGUAACUCCUAGUGAGUGGAGAGAAGGCACUUCAACUUGGAUUGCAAGUAAUUGCAAAGAUUAAGGG